ACUGCCUACUUCUGCAUAACUACAUCUGUUUCUGCUCAGAACAAGCUAGCCCUGCAACAUCUCUCAUCUUUUUCUUCAUCGAAUAAUACACUCACCCCAUCAUCUCUCCCCCUCUCUCUCCAGUUCUUUCUUGGUUCUAUCUCUUUCACCAUUACCCCUACUCUGUAACUUCACAACUUCACUUUUUUCAAGGUGAAAAGAGAGAGUACUCAAAACCCCUCUAAAUUUGGCUAACAUUAUUUCAAUCUUUUCAUGCCAUUGACUAAAUAUACCUAUUUCAUAAACACCCUUUAGAGCUAUACAAUCGUAUAUAACUAUUAAACUAUGAUUUCUCAAAGCUUCUAUCCAAAGUUUGGAUUUUUAAAGAAUCUGUAAAGAAAGAUUGUGUUUUUAAGCUAUGGCCAUGGCAGUUUUCAUCUGGGUGGGCUCAAAAAGAAGGAAAGAUCAGUUCUUGGUGAUGCCCCUGUUUGUUCUUGUGCUUGUUUUCUCUUGCUUUGCAUUAGCUUCUUCAAACUCAGACCAAGGGGCAACAUUGUUGGAAAUAAAGAAGUCAUUUAGGGAUGUGGAUAAUAUAUUGUAUGACUGGAGGGAUUCACCAUCUUCAGAUUAUUGUGGGUGGAGAGGAGUUACUUGCGACAAUGUCACCUUGAAUGUUGUUGCACUUAAUCUCUCUAGCUUGAAUCUUGAUGGGGAAAUUUCAACUGCCAUUGGAGAUCUUACAAGCUUAAUAUCCAUAGAUAUGAGGGGUAAUCUUAUCUCUGGGCAAAUCCCAGAUGAGAUCGGCGAUUGUGUGGCCUUGCAAAAUUUGGAUUUGUCCUUCAACGAAUUAUAUGGUGACAUACCAUUUUCAAUAUCAAAGCUGAAGCAAUUGGAGAACCUGGUUCUCAAAAACAAUAAUUUGAUUGGUCCAAUUCCAUCAACUUUGUCUCAGAUUCCAAAUUUAAAAAUUCUGGACCUGGCACAGAAUAAGCUAAGUGGAGAGAUACCAAGACUGAUAUACUGGAAUGAAGUUCUGCAGUAUCUAGGUCUGCGAGGCAACAAUUUGGUUGGAUCACUCUCUCCUGACAUAUGUCAACUCACAAGCUUGUGGUAUUUUGAUGUGAGAAACAAUAGUUUGACUGGUACCAUUCCUCUGAGCAUAGGAAAUUGCACUGCCUUCCAGGUCUUAGACCUGUCUUACAACAAAUUGACUGGUGAAAUUCCAUUCAACAUUGGGUUUUUGCAAGUAGCUACAUUAUCUUUGCAAGGGAAUCAACUUACUGGGAAUAUUCCAUCGGUGAUUGGUUUGAUGCAGGCACUUGCAGUUUUGGAUUUAAGCUGCAACAUGUUGAGCGGACCUAUUCCUUCCAUUUUGGGAAACUUGACGUUCACAGAGAAGCUGUACCUGCAUGGGAACAAGCUCAAUGGUUCAAUUCCACCGGAGCUUGGAAAUAUGACAAAGCUUCACUAUCUGGAAUUGAAUGAUAAUCAGCUCUCUGGCCAUAUUCCACCAGCACUUGGGCAGCUCACAGAUUUGUUUGACCUAAAUGUUGCCAACAACCAUCUUGAGGGGCCUAUACCUGAUAAUCUUAGCUCUUGCACUAAUCUUAAUAGCUUCAACGUAUUCGGGAACAAGCUAAAUGGAACCAUACCUUCUGCAUUUGAAAGGCUUGAAAGUAUGACAUACCUAAAUCUUUCAUCCAACAAUCUCAAGGGCCCGAUUCCAAUUGAGCUAUCCCGUAUUGGUAAUUUGGAUACAUUGGACCUCUCAAAUAAUAGGAUCACUGGUGCAAUUCCUUCGCCAAUUGGUGAUUUGGAACAUCUUCUUAAACUGAAUUUGAGCAAGAACAAUCUAACUGGACUAAUACCUGUGGAGUUCAGUAAUCUAAGAAGUGUUAUGGAGAUAGAUCUUUCGCACAAUAACCUGUCUGGUCCUAUUCCUAAAGAGCUUAGCCAGCUGCAGAAUAUAUUUAGUCUGAAGCUUGAAAACAACAAUUUAACAGGAGAUGUGAUGUCUUUAGUCAACUGCCUCAGUCUUACAAAUCUAAAUGUUUCUUACAAUAACCUAGCUGGGGAUAUUUCUCAAGGAAAGAACUUCUCGGGGUUUUCACCAGAUAGUUUCUUAGGAAAUCCACAAAUCUGUGGCUAUUGGCUCAGUUCUCCUUGUCAUGCAUCUCGACCUCCUGGGCGUGUGACAAUUUCAAAAGCAGCUAUUUUGGGGAUUGCUCUGGGUGCCCUGGUGGUUCUUCUCAUGAUACUGGUUGCUGCAUGCAUGCCGCAUUAUCCAGCACCUUCGUUGGAUGGAUCGCUUAUCAAACCAGUUAAAUACUCAGCCCCGAAACUUGUAGUCCUCCACAUGAACAUGGCACUGCACAAGUAUGAAGAUAUCAUGAGGAUGACUGAGAGCCUGAGUGAGAAAUAUAUGAUUGGUUAUGGUGCUUCAAGCACUGUGUACAAAUGUGUUCUGAAAAAUUGCAGGCCUGUGGCCGUAAAGAAAUUGUACACUCACUACCCACAGUACCUGAAGGAAUUUGAGACGGAGCUGGAGACAGUUGGGAGCAUCAAACAUCGGAACUUAGUGAGCCUGCAAGGAUACUCUCUCUCACCCUUGGGGAACCUUCUCUUUUAUGACUACAUGGAAAAUGGUAGCCUCUGGGAUGUUCUUCAUGGCCCUACAAAGAGCAAACGGCUUGACUGGGAAACCCGUCUAAGAAUAGCACUAGGAGCUGCCCAAGGGCUUUCAUAUCUUCAUCAUGACUGCAGCCCUCGCAUAAUUCAUAGGGACGUAAAGUCGUCAAACAUUCUUUUGGACAAGGACUAUGAGGCACACCUAACUGACUUUGGCAUUGCUAAAUUUUUAUGCACAUCAAAAUCCCACACGUCUACUUAUGUUAUGGGCACCAUUGGCUACAUAGAUCCAGAGUAUGCUCGCACUUCCAGACUAACUGAGAAGUCCGACGUCUACAGUUUUGGAAUUGUCCUACUUGAGUUGUUGACGGGAAUGAAAGCUGUGGAUGAUGAGUCCAACCUCCAUCACUUGAUUUUAUCCAAGACGGCUGACAAUACAGUCAUGGAAACUGUUGAUCCUGAAAUAUCCAACACAUGCAGUGAUCUCGGAGAUGUUAAAAAGGUGUUUCAACUCGCUCUUCUAUGCAGCAAAAAACAACCAUCUGAUCGUCCUACAAUGCAUGAAGUUGUCCGCGUCCUCAAUAGCUUAUUACCAUCUACAUCGCCAAAGAAAGGAUCAACGCCAGCUCUAGCUCCAGCUCCAUCCGCCAAAGUCCCCUGUUAUAUGGAUGAAUACGCGAAUCUCAAGACGCCUCACUUGGUAAACUGCUCUUCCAUGAGUACCUCAGAUGCCCAGCUCUUCUUGAAAUUUGGAGAGGUAAUCUCUCACAACAGUGGAUGAGGUGAUCAGUGUAGCCAUGACUCUGGGGACUGAAUGUUGGAAAUUGUGAAAAAUUAUCAGAAUUAUUGCCUAGGUAGGGUAAAAUUAAAUCAUCAAGAUCAUGAAAAUUUUGUAAAAAAGAUCCGGUGCCAAUUAUUAUAGUUAGUAGUUAGGUAAGACUUGAACAAAAUUUCGGUUGCAAUUAAAAUGUGUACCAAGUCUCUCUC